UUGAGAAUAGUGUAAACUGCAGAGCUACAUUAUGACUCCAAGAAAAACUUUGUCUUUCUGGUUAUAACCCUAGGGGCCCUCCAACCUAGAACAUUUGCAUAUGGUUGCCUCUGUUAUUCACCAUGUCUUCUAGAAAGACUUUCAGGAUCAAGCAAUUCCAAGCCAAGAAACAAAAGGAGAGCUGCCCCAUUGUCCAAUGGAUUCAGAUGAAAACUAGCAAUAAAACCAGGUACAAUUCUAAGAGGAAAUACUGAAGAAGAAGUAAGCUGGGUCUAUGAGUAAUCACACUUGCAA